AUGUCCUCGCCGCUGGUUUCGUUAUUCUUCUUAUUCUGUUUCUGUUCCUAUAGUUAUGCAGGACGAGUUCAUGUUCGAGGAAACGUCCACUGUUCCCACCGAGCGAACAGGCAACUGAUGACCGUUCGUCUGAUGGAGGAGGAUUUCUCAGAAGGUCGGUUUCAUCAUCUAUUCCCCAGCUUUGUAGGCUGAGUACAGGAAGAAAACGCAUAAAGUGUUAAUGCCAAUCUGAUCCUGAUUUGAUGGUAGUUUUUGUGAAGAGCAGAGCAAGAGGAGAAUAAAGAGGGGUCAUUCCUUUGCGGUUCGGAUUUUUCUAAAAAAUUGCUCAAACACUUUCUGAAUGUCUAGAUGAAAAUGUGUCAUAGUCACCACAUACGCAAACUUCUAGUUUAUAAGAUUUUGCAAAAAAUGGGUUUCAGGCCUAACUUUUUGACCUUCAAAACUGACUAUCUCAAAAUAUAGCAGCUGGCGCGUGUUGCAAUUUUGAGGUAUCUUCAUACAGGAAUUUUUUGAGUGAAUCUGCAAAAAAUUCUGAAGUGAAAUGACCUCCUUGUGGGUUCUGAUUCUGUGUUAAAAACAAAACCUGAGAAUUAAUAUCUCAAAAAAUAAAAGUUUGCGCAAGUAGCGACUAUGAGUGAACUUUACCUAGAUAUUCAGAGAGUGUUUGAGAAAAUUGUAGGCAAUUCCAAAUCGAAAAAUAAAAUGACUUGUUAGCCCCAAUAAUUGCAGAAGAAAAAGCUUAUCGGAUAUGGAAUGAUAUUGCAGAAAUAAUUUUUUUGUAGAUGGAUUAUAAAAAAAGAUUUUUUUAAAAAAAUUUUUGGUCCAUUUUCAAACAUUUAUGAAACGGAACUUUUGACUUUUUGACGUUUUUUUGAGAUGACGAUAAGAAAAAUUUUUUUUCCGAGUAAAUAGCCAGCUUCCUACCACAUACUUUUAUUCAGAUAAUCUAUGUUUCACAAAAAUAUUUUAUUUCAGCUUUUUCUUCAUAAUUUCAAACCCAGGCACGAUUUUUUUCAGCACAUUCUGAAACUCUGGAAUUUUAUUCUCAUAUCAUAUUAUUGUGUUUUGUUCCUUCAAAAUCAGCAGCUUGAUCAAUUUAUUUAAAGAUCUAUUUUUCAUUCUCAAGCCUGUUAAUUUUCAACUAAAUCAGACUAGUUUCAGUUGCUGUUCUAAAUUGGUUCGACUCGGACGACAAUCUGGAUGAGACACAGGUUGCUUAUGGAGAACAUUUCACGGUCGACGGAUCCGAAUUCGAGUUCGGAGGUAUUGAGCCCUACAUUGAAGUUUACCACCACUGCUUUGUGAGUUUAGUUUUUCUUCUUAUCAAAAUGGAGUUUUAGGGAAGCCCUGAAACGGUGCGAAUCGAAAUCACCGGUCCGGAAGAGGGUGGGGCAUACCGUUUAGGAGAUCUCGUGCUGGAUGAAGGCUCCCGUUACCAUGUUUUUUUCAAUGAAUUCUGA